ACCCGUCUACUUCUUUACCUUUGAAAACGUGGCUAAGAAUAGCAUCGGUAAAGCACAUCUAACCUGGGAGAAUGGCCACACUGAGAACUGUCUGUAUAAAGAACUGGGACAAUAAUUCAUUUUGGGUAUUUUUGUAUUUCCUUUAAGUGUAUUUUUUCUUUUCUUUUUUUUUUAAAUAUGAAACUGUGGAUUUCAGACGGUGCAGUUUGAAUUCUUACGUGGUAUCUGCUGUCUUGUUUGUUCCUUACAAACAUAUAAUACUCAUUAAAAAUAAAUAAAGCAGGAUCUUUUCAUAAACCACAUUGGAGGGACAGUUUUCUUGCUUAAUGGAGGAAGAAGAGGAUUUGGACAGACUGCGCUUUCUUUUUCACGCUUGUGGUGCGAAUAAUUCGGGGAGGAUAGAAAAAGAGGAGUUCUUUUUGGUUUGCUCAGAGCUGAAGAUCCAACCCGCUGAGAUCGAGUCUAUUUUUACCAAGCUGGACGUGGACAGGGACGGAUCAAUCAACUUUGAGGAGUUUGCUAACGGAUUUGAAGGAGUAUCAAAUCUGAUCGACUUGGGAAGGAUGGCAAGCGAUAAUGUUGGAGAUAACUUCAGACUGGCAUGGGAGACAUUUCAGCAGAGACUUGGGGAAGAGGCGAAGUUCAUUCCGAGAACUGAACAAGUUGCUACCUUGCACCAGAACAUCAACCUAACAGAACCCAGACUGGUCCAUCACUAUGAGCGGGUCGUCAUGAACUUCAUUCGAGAAAUUAAGCUGCAAAACUCAGAAAUGGAGAAUCUGGCACUAGCUGUGAAAAGGGCCCAGGAUAAAGCAGCUAUGCAGCUGAGUGAAAUGGAGGAAGAAAUGGACCAGCGGAUACAGGCAUCUGAGAACAAAAUUAGACAAGAAGAAGCCAAAAAAGCUGAAGCUGCUCUAGGUGACCUCAAGCGUCAGUAUGAUUCAGAAGUUUGUGAACUGCAGGUCAAAAUGAAGAAACUAAAAAUGGUAGAAGAACAAUACAAACAUAUCAAUCUGAAGGACGAAGUAGUUGGAUUAAAAAGGAAAAUCAAUGUAUUAAUGCUGGAAAACCAGCAACUGAAAAGAGAACUCCUUGGGUCUCAAACAAACAUUGCAUUCCUUCAGAGUGAGCUGGAUUCUUUGAAGUGUGACUACACCAAUCAGAGUAUGAACCUGGAACAGGAUAAAGCAAUGAUAAAAGAGUAUACAGAUGAAAGAGAUAAUCUUGCCCGACAAAUAGGGAUACUUCAGUCAGCUAACAGGAAACUCCAUGACAGCAAUGAUGGCCUAAGAAAUACACUGGAAAAUAGUUUAAGCAAAUACAAUAAAUCUCUGCGUAUUCAUAACACCUCCCCAGGAAAUACGAUUUCUCAUUCGAGUCCGAAAUGUAGUGGUCGUCAAUCUCCAUUUUAUGAUCGGUCCUCUCACUCUUCCUACAUGGAUGAGGACUGUGAUAUGCUGGCAAUGUGUGACCCGAUGCGUAGUGCAAGCUGUGAGGUGGAGAGCCUAGCAGAGAGCUGCUUUGACAGUGGCCUGUCAACCCUCCGAGACUCCAACGACUGCGACUCUGAGGUGGAGUUCAGGCUUCAAAAGAACUUCCGAAGGUCACACGAGACGCCAGAGAACUUCGGGGGAGAUGCUUCUGAUACAGAUGUGCCGGAGAUCCAUGAUGAAGUGGCUUACAGUUCAGUACUAGACUGGAAACCACUAACCCCAGUCAACAGGAGAAAUUCUUCAGCUUCCGUCUCAACACGGAAGUGCAUCUCCGCCAUAUCUCCACAAGCAGACAAUAGAGAUAGCAAUUUCAAAUACCCUCAUUCUGAGAAAGCCUACAAGGUGGUCUUAGCUGGAGAUGCAGCCGUGGGCAAGUCCAGCUUCCUGCUGAGGCUUUGUAAAAAUGAGUUUCGUGGAAACACUAGUGCCACACUAGGUGUUGACUUUCAAAUGAAGACACUGGUUGUUGAUGGGGAACCUACAGUUUUACAGCUGUGGGAUACUGCAGGACAGGAAAGAUUUCGAAGUAUUGCAAAAUCCUAUUUCAGACGAGCGGAUGGAGUUUUAUUACUGUAUGAUGUAACCUGUGAAAAAAGUUUCCUGAACAUACGAGAAUGGGUGGACAUGAUUGAGGACAUAUCCCAAGGUGAGAUCCCCAUCAUGUUAGUGGGAAACAAGGUGGAUCUGCGUAAGCAAGCCAUAGAGGAAGGAAUAAAGUGUAUCCCAACCAGCUGUGGAGAAAAGCUUGCAAUGGCCUACAAUGCCUUGUUUUGUGAAACCAGUGCUAAAGACGGUUCAAACGUUAUUGAAGCCGUGCUUCACCUUGCUCGCAAUGUGAAAAAGCAGCGUACCAAUAAAGACGAUUUAGAAUCAGUUACCAACUUAUCAGGGGUGAACAGUAAGAAACCAACAAACAUGAAGACAUGUUGCACAGUCUAAAAAAAAAUGAAAUCAGGAUUGCAGUUGGAAGAAGCUUUUUAAAAAUAUAAUGACUAAAGGACUACUUUUUACCAGAGGGACUCAUGUGAAAGCUAAAUUAACCAUCUCAUUUGUAUCCCAAAAUGAUCAUGUUACCAGCUUAUUGGAAGUACGUGCAAUGAUGGUAUUAGUGUAGGUUGUUCGGCCUAAUGCAUUUGCCAGUUACAAAAAUGAUAAAGUUAUAAAGCAACAUAAGUAGAGUUAUUAAAUGCCAAAUCUGACAUGAAAGCAACAGGUUUUUCAUACCCUAAUAUUCUGCAAGAUUUCAAGCAUGAUGUAAGUUUGUACAAAGUGUUGUCUGGCUAUGCCAUUAGACUAGCUAUGUCAGUAGUGCAGUGUGCUUCCCACUAGGUUGAGAGUAUGUAUUGAAUGUUCUGUCUUUGAAGUUGGCUUGUGCCUUUAAAGGUUAAGGGCACCCUUAUUAGAGGACUAGAGUUGGAUGUUUGUUCCCUUAGUGCUUUUCACUGUAAAUGCAGCAGAAACAGUCCCACCUUAGACCCAUCCCAUUUUGUUGAACAAAGGUUUAUUGUGGGAGUUGAACCACUCACUUAUAAUAACUAUAUUUGUAUAGGGUUAGAUAAGCAACACUUUGUGGGUCCUGUAAUUUAAUUAAAUAAACAACAAUACAUUGUAAAUGUUAAGUCAGCUUAAACAUAAAACUUUCUAACAUUAUAACUUUAAAUAAUAAGUAAUAAGCCUAUUUAGUUCUCACUACCGCUGUUUCUUUUAGUAUACAGUAUCAUUGCCCUCCAUCUUGGACAUAUAACUCAAAACCUCUCAACGCUGACAUUUCAGUUAAACACUGGAGUUCUUGUUCAGUAAAAUAAAUGGAAAUAAGCAGACAGGGAAUCUUCCAAUCAUAAAUAAGAGAUAAGACAACUCUAAAAGGUGAACAUUGUUUUUUUUUCAAACAGUUUCAGUGGAGUAGGGAUGUUUAGUCAGAGUCCAUCUAGGAGUUGCUCGGAUAUGGUAACUUUGAAUUGAAUGAGUAGAAAAGAUACAGAACAUUGUAUGUGUUUGCUGCAGAUCAAAAGGUAGUUCCUUUGCCUUUUGCACCCUCUUGUGGAGGAUAGAUAAAGACAGUUGGUCUUAAUAAAAACAAUCUAUAACAUAUGAGCUAUU